CAACAUCUCACCUUCUUUCUUUAGUCCAAGUGCUGGAGCACGUUUGAGUGACCAUGGAGUGCGUUUGCUGUCAUGUUGUUGAGCGUUAACACGGCGUGAAUAUUAGAAGAAGGGGGCACUUUUUGUGUGUGUGUGUGUGUGUGUGUGGCGUGGAUACGAGGAGCCACAGUCGAGCCAUGGCUGCACGGGAGGAAGGAGAGGUUUUGCACAGUAAAAUAAGGCACCACGACGGAGCUGGAAGUGUAAACAGCACAGAGGGCUUCAGGAACGGCUAUGUGAAGAGCUGCGUCACCCCUCUUAAACAGGACCAUCAGAGGGGAUUUUUGCUAAACGUGUGCAGGUUUUGCAACGAAGACAUACUAAACUCUAAAGUGUUGAAGGUCUCUGCCCUGUACGUCGGCGCGUUUGUAAUCUUCGCGGUUUCUUUUCUAAUAUCUAGGAGCUUGCAAAGUGACUCGCAGUGGGAUUUGCGGACUUUCUUGUCAGGCUUCUCCCAGUCCAUCAGUCCUUUAUUCAGCAUAGGAUGUGCUUUCUUCUUUCUGACGUUUUACCUGAGGAGGAAAAAGAAGGAGAGCAGUAAAUGUUGGCUCCUGUCACUGCCAGCAUCGUGUUACCUCGGGGAUUUUUUGGUUUUGCGCUUUUUGCAAUGGGGAGAGGACCAACACCAGAUGCAAAUGGUGGGCAGGUUGUUAUUCGUGUUGGGAUGUGUGGGUUUGCUCACACUCAUCCCCACUCUGAAACUCAAACACAGUGUUCUUAUACUGGUUUUCGCCAGCAUUGUGUGGCUUGUUUCUUUCACAAGUUUGAGCGGUCUGCCUGCUCUCCUCAGACCUCUCUUCGCCUGCUUUGCGGGGGUUUGUGGCUCCCUGUUGGGGCUCUGUUUUGAUCGUUACUACCCGACGAGGGAAGCACCGAGUGGGAUUUCCACUACGGAGGAAAAGGUCCCAGUGAUCAGACCUCGGAGAAGGUCCAGCUGUGUUUCACUUGGGGAAACGUCGACCAGCUAUUAUGGCAGUUGUAAAAUGCCUCGCAGACCUUCGUUGCCCUGUAUAUCCAGAGAACAGAUGAUCCUGUGGGACUGGGAUCUGAAACACUGGUACAAACCCCAGUAUCAGGGUGCUGUGACGGGCAACGGUGUAGAUCUUUCAGUCAUCAACGAGGCCAGAAACCUGGUGUCGGACCUGCUGAUGGACUCGUCUCUGUCGCCACACACCAUCUCCUCUCUGCGCAGCGUCUCCAGCCUCAUGGGCACGUUUUCAGGCUCCUGCCGCCCCAGGGUCAACCCCUUCACCCCCUUCCCAGGUUUCUACCCCUGUGAUGAGGUGGAGGACUCUCUAGAGCGGGGAGAGAGGAAAACCAUUAAGGGUUUGAGCAGCAGAAACAGCCUCCCCACCCCUCAACCCCGACGGAGUUCCACCUCCUCCUCCUCCUGCUCUGGACUCCCUCCUCUGGACUCUGCCUCUUCACGAUGGGAACGCAACAACAGCAAGAGACCCCACCCUGACCUCAACUUAUCCAGCCAAGGUCUGUCUAAUGGGCCAAAUGCAAACCUGCUCACCAUUCCCAAGCAGAGGUCUUCCUCUGUCACCCUCACCUACCAUGCAGGUCCCAGGAGAGCCGGUACGUCUCCAAGCCUGAGCCCUGUCACCUCACCAAUGCACGGUCCUCUUGCAGUGGGCGCAGGUUCUUCAUCGUCCCUUGUCAUGCGACCACCUGUAGAGUUUCCAGACACGGCUGACUUUCUGACAAAACCAAGUGUCAACCUGAACCUGCACAAGCCUCUGGGCUACACCCUCAGCUCACCUGAUUUCCAACAGUCCUUCCGUAGCUCGGCCUUCCCUCUCUGCACCAGCUGUGGCCGUCAGAUGCUAAAGGGGGUUUCCAGUGGUGAUACAGGGGACACUUAUCAACCUUUCUCCAGUGAGGCUCAACGCAGACGCUCAGCAGGUGAAGGGGUGGAAUUCACAGGAGAGCCUCUGAUCAGGGAGGAGAGCGUGGAGGCUGACCUGUCUGUGGAUGGGACACCAGACGCUGCAGGGAACCAGGGUCAGGCAAAAGAGGAGCAGGAGAAGAGCCCAAGCAAAGAGCAGCAGACUCAGGAAUCAGAGGGUGAGCAGGAGUUCAGACUAGAUCCGAUGCUGGAGGACCACAAGGUUGUCAUGGAGAGGAUGAACACGUGGAACUUCCAGAUCUUUGACCUGGUGGACAGAACAGGAGGGAAGACAGGAAGGAUACUCAGCUAUGUGACAUACACGCUUUUCCAGGACACGUGUCUGUUUGAGAUUUUCAAGAUCCCAGUGAGGGAGUUCAUGACAUACUUCUGUGCUCUGGAAAAUGGCUACAGGGACAUUCCCUAUCAUAAUCGAGUCCAUGCUACUGAUGUGCUCCAUGCUGUCUGGUACCUGACCACUCGACCAAUCCCUGGGUUCCAGCAGAUUCAUAGUGAGCAUGUGACUGGUAGUGAUACAGACUCGGACAGCGGGAUUUCUCCGGGCAGGAUAUCCUACGCAUCCUCCAAAAGCUCAUCCAUUUCUGAUGACAGCUACGGCUGCCUGGCCUGGAACAUACCCGCCCUCGAGUUGAUGGCCCUUUAUGUAGCAGCUGCAAUGCACGACUAUGACCAUCCCGGUCGCACCAAUGCCUUUCUAGUAGCCACUAAUGCACCUCAGGCAGUACUGUACAACGACAGGUCGGUGCUAGAGAACCACCACGCUGCGUCCGCCUGGAGCCUCUACCUGUCCCGGCCGGAGUUUAACUUCCUGGUCAACCUGGACCACGUGGAGUUUAAGCGUUUCCGCUUCCUUGUCAUCGAGGCCAUACUGGCCACAGACCUCAAGAAGCACUUUGACUUCCUGGCUGAGUUCAAUGCUAAGGUGAAUGAUGUGAACAGUCCAGGAAUUGAUUGGACCAAUGAGAAUGACCGACUGCUGGUGUGCCAAGUCUGUAUCAAGCUGGCAGACAUCAAUGGACCGGCCAAAGUUCGCGACCUGCACCUCAAGUGGACAGAAGGCAUCGUCAAUGAGUUUUAUGAGCAGGGAGAUGAGGAAGCUCAGUUGGGAUUACCCAUCAGCCCCUUCAUGGACCGCUCAUCCCCACAGCUGGCAAAGCUACAGGAAUCCUUCAUCACUCAUAUCGUCGGACCACUUUGUAACUCAUACGAUGCUGCUGGACUUCUUCCUGGCCACUGGAUUAAGGAAGAAGGAUCAGAUGACGAUGACGAGGAGGGGCAGGUGGACUCAGACGACACAGAGGAAGAUGAAGAUGAGGAUGAUGAAAUGGAAGAUGAGCUGGCACCAAAAAGGAGGAAGAAGCGCCGCAGGUUGUUCUGCAGCAUCAUGCAGCACCUGACAGAGAACCACAAGGUGUGGAAGAAGACUAUCGAGGAGGAGGAGAAGAGCAGCAAAGAGCUUGGCAAACAGCAGCAGUCGGACAGCCUGCCGGCCAGCCUGCCCACCUCCCCGUCAGACGACAUCCAGGUGAUCCAGGAGGAGGAGGAGGGAGAGGAGCGGCAGUAGCAUAUGGACGAAGGAAAGAGCAGAAUGAGUGAAAAAGAAGAGGAGAGGCAGUAUAAAGACACGUGUCCCUCAACCACCUGCCUUUUGACAACAACAAAACACAGACAUUGCAUACAGUUGACAAAUGCACAUAAAAUACAGUUUGGUCCCUCUGUCUAUCUCUUUCAAAGACACACACACACAUAUAUACACAUGAACAUUGAAAGAUUCACUGUGCAGACACUCAGAUGCUUUCGCAGUCACAUUGUUUUUUUGGAGAAACAAAAAGGCCUUACUACUGUGAGCGGAUCCUUGCUGCAUCAGUGGGAGCCCAACUCCUAUGCACUUUUACCCCGUGGAGAAUCGAGUGCACGCAGUCAAAAAAAAAAAAAAGAAAACGGGAGGAAAAAAGCACCAGAACUGAGAAGAUAAGGUGCAGAAGUAGAGUUUGGAUGGGGUCCGACAAAAUGCCCUCCACGGUGACCUGGCUGUGAUGCUGCCUUGAAUGCAAAGCGCUUACACCUCCCUUAGGUACAGAAACGAUUCUAUUUUUAAAAAAAAUGAGAGGUAGAGGAAAAUGAAUGAAGCAAGCAACAUGAAGUGAUUGAUACCCUUUACCAAAGUGAACAGUUCAAACAUGGGAAGACAAGAGACUGAGAUUGUUUCAGCCUCAAUGUCAGGUAUAUUUUUGGAUUAUAUAUACACACAUAUAUAUAUAUAUAUAUGUAUAUAUAUAUAUAUAUAUAUAUAUAUAUGUAUAUAUCUCAAAUGUGCCUGUCUGAACCUUAACUGAGUCUAUAUAGGCCCAGAGCCUAGGCUUGUGUAGUUCUCUCUCCUUGCUGGUGACACAAAACACUGUAUAAGACUCAGUCACAGAGACAUUAUUGAAAUGUUGACUGAUAAAUAGCAUUAUAUUUGCAUCAUUUUUGAUGCUUUUACUCAUGUGUACCACCCAUUUUCCUUUCCUUUAACUGCCCUCGCUUCAUUUUUAUUGAGUGUGUGAAUAAUUUUGGGGCAGAAAUGUGAUAGAGAAAAUGAGUAGGGAGAAAGAGAGCACAUUUUUUUUAAUUAUUUCCGUGUGUAAUUUGUGUGUAUGUCUUAUGUGUCCUUUCAGUAAUGGUUGGCUUCUAAUAAGCAAAAUUGUCCUCUGGUGUUUAACAUGUUUCAUUCAGAUCAGGAGUGCUGUUCCAUUGAAUGGAAUCUUCAUUUUCAUUUUUCUUUUUCUAAGUAUUUUUUUAAAGGUUACUCAGGAUAUCACACAGAGUUGAAUAAUUAAUUUUUGCAAGAUUUUGUGUCAAUAUGAAAUACACAUAAAAAGAAAAUUAAAAUCUGAGUGACUGAAGCAGUUUGUAAUCUCUUGGUGACCAACGUGACUACAAACAAAAAUUCAAACAACUGAAAUCCUUUGUGACGGAGGAUCUUACAGUAUGUGUCGUCUCGUGGCCCCUCAGACACUUGUUUGCAUAACCUUUUUACAACCUCACUGGAGAAAAGCUUCUAUUGAUUGUCAGCAGACUGCAAACGUUGCUCCUGCAGCAACUCAUUGUACACGUUUGCAGUUCUUUAACAGUAUAUUAAGUAACUUUUUAACAAACAGUACUUUGGCUACUCUUCUGUGUUUCAGACAGCAGACAAACAUGGAUUUUUAGACACAUUUAAAGCUCACCCGACUUUCUUUUUCCUCUUCUUUUUUUUUUGAAUGCCAAACCCAUACCUCGGCCAGUUUGUAAAGAAGGGAUCCAGGGUUUCAUUUCACUUUGGUUUUUGUUUGUAUAUUAUGAUGUGCCACAAGGCAGAUUCAAAAACUACUACUUCUAUUUUUGUCUCCAAAAACUCUUGGCAUUCCACUAGAAUAAGAUGUUUUUUUAAAGGGAAGCAGAGUUGUUGCCUAGCUCCUUAAUCACCUUAUCAAAAAGAAAAUCUGGAGUUAUAUUUAAAAAAAAAAAAUAGAUACAGGUGUGCACAUUUUAAUACCAAACAAGUGUUUAGCCGCUGUACAAAAGAGUAUGUGCAUAUAAAUAUAUAUUUUUUAAAUAAUCAAAUGAAUGCAUCUUUUUUCUACACGCAGCUGACAUAUUGUACAUUGAGAUCCUGUAAUAACUGUUGUGUUUGCAGAGUUUUUAUCUUCUUCUAUUUACAGGUGUAGAAAUGUGGGGUUUGGUGUUUUCGAUUUAAGUUUUCCACUUGGUUUCAGCGUCUCCUUGUUCUGUAUCAUAACCACUCUUGUAUUCUUCAUCCUCUAUCUCUUUAUCACUGUUGUCUCAUUCGAACCCAACUAGUGCCAAACUUUACCUACAUACAGUGAUCUCUGGGCUAUGAUAUGCUGAUAGGCUAACUUUUCUCUGGGCUCCAGUACUGUUCAUGCAAAGAGAAACACUUUGGGUCAAAUACUCCACCAGGCUCAAAGUGGCAGCGACAGUGAAGAGAGUCAGAGCCAUGUACAUUCUGACAGCUCCAUCGUUAGUUUCUCCACGUGGACCCAUGCUGGAUCAUAAAGUCUUGGUAGCUCCCCACCCGACAUAUUCUGGCUCAUUAAGUUGUAGAAGUCUGUUGGCUUGUCACUGUGCUGUCUUUCAAACCACAGUGUUCUCUGAUGAUUGUGCCAUAAAUAAAUCUAUGAAUGGUUGUUACCCAUAUGUAGCAUCAAUAUACGUACAUUUGUCUAAUGUAACCAUUCACCCUUAUCUACGUUGUGGGGGAAUCUGAUUUUUUUUUGUGUUUAUUUAUAGCUGUCAUAAAACACCAUUCCUAAAGUA